CUCUGCGUGGAGUCUCCACACAACCAUAACUCAAGUUUUAAGGCGUGGUCGUUUGAAAUAUCAGAGAGCACAGCUUCAGUUCCUUCUUUCUAUUUCAUUCACUCAUAACUAACAAUGGCUGCUGCUGAACUGCAGAGACGAGAAGAAUUCCUGGUAGAGGGAGAGUCUUUCAGACAGAAUGCUUUCCUGAUUAUCAAUGAAAUGGUUGCCAUGGAGAGGCAGAGACCUAAUAGGGUGUUAGUGGAUGAGGUUCUUCACAGCAUCUUCUUUUUGGGAAAGAUCAACACGCCGCCAUAUUCACCAGAAAGGAUUCUGAGUGAUGCUGAUUUGAUAAGGGAAUUUAAGAUCCGAUUCCCUCUACCUUUUGAGAAAUGUUCCUCUCAGGUACCCAGGAGGAGUCCAUUUUCAUGUGUGCUCGACAUGGUUGUCGACCUGACUGGACAAGUCAAUGAAGGAGCAAUCAGACAGAAGCUGCAACAGCUCGUCGGUGAACUGAGGGGGGAUAUUAACAAAAAGCCUCUGGUCUCCAAAACCAUCUGUGUCUCUCAGAGCAAUCCCCCAGGUUCAGUCAGGUACUACGGAGUCUCCAUGUCCACUGAUGGCGCUGUACCAAAGAAAAUCCUGAUUGGUGCUUCCUGUCUCAGCAAGUGGGAAAGAUAUGUAGCUGACGCAGUGAUGACCUACUAUCCAGAGCCAAAUACUAGGCCAUUUGUCAAAAAGACAUAUUUCGAUGGAACCAUCAAAGUUCCAGAGAAUGUCCGGUGCGAAACGUUUGAUCUCUAUGACGGAGGAUUAAAGCCUCCUUGUAAGUCAUGUGGUGAGUUGUUUGGUUUGGCAACAACUGAAACAAGGGGAUUCAUCCACGGCAACUGUGCCGAAGCUGAAAGUCUGAGCAAAUUGUUUAAAGGUGAUGAAGCAGUUAGAGGUCAAGUACCAGCACCAACUGGUGGUGACAGAGAGAGGGCUAUAACAAGCAUCCAUGAUGCUCUUAAACGUUUUGUGCGCGCCUUUCAGGGAUUUAGUCAAUGGACAGAUAGUUUUUACACACCACAGUAAGCCAGAUCUUAAGAAGAGAAAGACUGAAUCAGGGCAGGGACGAUGUGCUUUAGUCCUGAUUUGCUUUAGUCCUGAUACACGAGUGUGAUUUUCAUUUAUUGUUAUUCAAUAGGAGUAUUGGGAUCUUCUUUUCCUUCUUUAACAAAAACAAAAGUUUAAUAAAACACGUCUAGAGACGAUAUAUCAGGAGAUAUUUCUAAAAACUAACAUGUUUUCUAAGAAGAAUGACAUCACAUGUCAGUCAGUCUGAUGUUGAUUUACUUUGUAAAG